UCAGUUUCGCGGCGAGCCAGGUGUUUUGUUUCGGUGUUUCUCUCUGCAGCGGCACCAGCAGCAGCAGCGGGUGCUGUCAGCAUGUCUUUCGCGGAUCAGCAGUGGAGUCCCACCAGCGUCCAGGUAACGGUGCUCCAAGCCAGAGGCCUCCGCACAAAGGGGAAAAGCGGCACCAAUGACGCGUACGCGGUCAUGCAAGUGGGCAAGGAGAAGUACCAGACGUCGGUGGUGGAGAAAAGCGUGGCUCCGGUGUGGAAAGAGGAAGCCUCCUUUGACCUGCCACCGCUGCUGCUUCAGGGAGGAGGAGGAGGGAAGGACCGCAGCUCGCUGCUCGUCCAGGUCCUGCACCGCGCUCUGGUGGGACCUGACAAGCUGCUGGGUCAGGCUGUCAUCAACCUGCUGCAGCUCAGUGAGGACAAACCCAGCAACAAGACAGAAUGGUUUAAAUUGCUGGAUAAAACCGGUAAGCCGGACAAAGACCGCGGGGAGGUCCUUCUGGACAUCCAGUUCAUGAGAAACAACAUGACCGCCAGCAUGUUUGACCUCUCCGCGGCAGGGAAGUCCCGCUCCCGGCUGGGGAAGCUUAAAGACAAAGUCCGUGGAAAGAAAAAGGAGCUGGACUCCUCAUCAGGUGUGGUGGCUUCGCCUACUCAGGUUCUGACAGACAGCGAAGAAGAGGACGCUGGCGGAGGUGGAGAGGGAGGAAAGUCGAAGCAAAACAAAAGGAUGUCUUUGUUUUCUCCUAAAUCCAACCUGCAGAGGAAUUUGUCUCAGUCCAUGUCCGUCCUGCCUGCGAAGAACUCCUCACUGAGUGGGAGCCAAUCAUCAGGGCUGAACGUGGAUUCCUCUGAGGGCAAAAAGAAGUUCAAGUUCAAGAUACAUAAGCACUCCAGCAGCUCUGACAGCAAAGGUUCGUCCUCUGGCCAACAAAAACAGGAGCAGAGUAAUUUGUGCAUCAACGGCAGCCAUGUUUACUGCGAGGAGCCGCCGCCACGGACGUCUCGUGCCGGAUCCAGCUUCAGCCUGUCAAGUUCAGGACGUGGAUCAUCGGAGGAUGUCCCGGAAAACCCGUCUCCAUCUGUGGAUUCACUUGAAGCAGUGAGGGAGUAUUCACCCUGGAUGGAAGAAGAGGAGGAAGAGAAAGAGGAAGAUGAUGAAAAUAUUAAGGACUUAAGAAAAGAGGAAGAAGAAAAGGCCAAGUUGGAAAAGGACAGGAGAGAUGAGGAAGAGGAGGCCAUCAGGAAACAACAAAAGGAGCUGGAGAGAUUGGCUGAAGAAAAGCUGAGACGCGAAGAGAAAGAAAAGGUCAGGAAAGAGGAGGAAGAGCGACAAAAACUGGCAGAAGAACAAAGGAGACUAGAGGAACAAGAAAAGAGGCGCAGAGAGGAAGAAGAAAGAAUCAAGGAAGAGGAAAGAGCCAAAGAGAGGAGGAGGCAGGAAGAGGAGCUUAAAUUAGCUGAAGAAAAAAGGAGACUGAAGGAUGAAGAAGAGAAAGUCAGAAGGGAACAAGAGAGAGCUGAAGAGGAGAGGAGGAAAAUGGAGCAAGAAGAAAAGAAGCGGAGGGAGGAAGAAGAAGAGAUGCUAAGGAAGGAAAAGAUGAGAAUAGAGGAAGAAGAGAAAAUUCGUCGAGAACAGGAGGAAGCUAGGCUAAUGGCAGAAAAGAGAAGAGAGGAAGAAAGGAUUGAGGCUGAAGAGAAGUUCAGAAAAGAGGAAGAGGAAAGGAUUAAGAUGGAAGAAGAGAUGAGAAGGAAAGAACAUGAAGAAAAGUUAGCAAAGAGGAAAGAACUGGAGGAACAGGAAAGGAGAGCAAGAGAAGAGCAAGAAAAGAUGCAAAGGGAGGAAGAGGAGAGGCGCAAACGAGAGGAGGAAGAAGAGAAGUUGACUAAAGAAAAGCUGAGACUGGAGGAAAUGGAAAAAAGAAAGGCUGAAGAAGAGCGAGCAAUAAGAGAGGAAGAAAAACGGAUCCAGAAAGAGAAAAUGAAAAGAGAGGAGGAAGAGAGGAAGAAAAAAGAGGAGGAAGAGGAGUGUAAAAGAAGGCAAGAAGAACUGGAGAAGCUAGCUAAAGAAAAGCUGAGAAAAGAGGAAGAGGAGAGAAGAAAGGCUGAAGAAGAGCGAGCAAGAAGGGAGGAGGAGGAGGAGAAGAGGAAACAAGAGGAAGAAAAGAAGUUGGCUGAAGAAAAGCUGAGAAAAGAGGAAGAGGAGAGAAAAAAGGCUGAAGAAGAGCGAGCAAAAAGAGAGAAAGAAGAACAGAUCCAGAAAGAGAAAAUAAGAGAGAAAGAGAAAGCAGAGAAACAAAGGUUGGAAGACGAAAUGAGAGAAGCAAAAAGAAAAGAAGAAAGAAUGAAAGAAGAGCAAGCAAAAAUGCAAAAGGAGGAGGAAAAAAUAAAAAGAGCAGCAGAAGAGAGAAUAAAAGCAGAGAAACAAAGAGAAGAGGAGCUAGAAAAAAUUAGGCUUGAAGAGGAGAAAAUAAGGAGGGAAGAGGAAAUGAGGAAGCAGGAAAUGUUGGCAAAAGAAAAGAAGGAAAACAAAAUAAAAGAAGAGAAAAGUGUUGAAACAAAAAUCAAACUGAGAGUUCCUGUAGAAAUCAUUUCCACUAAUCCUUUUGAUGAAAACUUCACUUCACCUGAGGAAGCAACCAAAACGCCUAAAGCAAAAUCUGAUGAUGAAAGAUGUCAGUCAGCUGCGUCAUCAGUGGAAAGCGUGGCAGCUUCCCCCAGCGAAAAGGACACAACUAACAUUCAGCGGGAAAAAAGAGUGGCUCCUCAGCCUCCGGGAAGGAAUCAGUUGGAGAGAGAGAAACGGAAGGAGGAGGAGACGUCGACACAACAUCUGCCACAAAUUAACAAGCAGAGUAAAGAUAAAGAUGUCAAAACUGUCAGCGUGGCUCCCCAGCGCUCGGUGCAGAAGAUCGCUCCUCUAAGCAGGUCUUCCAAAGAUUUGAGAAACACCCAGAGCACGACGGAACAUAAUUCUGCCAAAGAAGCGGCGGGUAAACACAAUAAACGUCCUGCUCCUUCCAUACCGUGCACUGAUGAAGACGAGCUUGACAGAGGUGUGGUGGAGAUUAAAGAUGGCGCCGUUUAUGGUUUUAACCCGUUUGAAGAUGAGGAUGAGGAGGAAAAUGAUGAUGCAACAACCUUUGUUAAAACUAAUCCAGUAGUUUGGCCUCCUGUCAAAUCACAAGCUGCUGACAAAGAUUCUGCUAAAGUCAAAUCCUCAAAAAUAGCUCGAGCUCCCCUACCUCCUGAUCCAAAUGACACUCCUUCAAGCUCCAUUGUCAGUCGAAACCAUGACGAAACUGAUGUUUUAGAUGACAGUGGAGCAACUGCUCCAAACAAGACAUGCAACACACAACAAGAGGUCAAAAGUCACAUACAGGUCCAAGAGAAUCCAAACAUAGAGUCCAAGAAGAUUAUCAUGGCUGGUGCAAGAGAGGAGGGACCACCUGCAAUUUCACGCAGACUUCAGCCUGUAAAACCCCUUAAUCCUCUGGAGCAGCAAUCUGACUCGGUUGGUAAAGUUGGAAAUGAUAACAAAGCCACAGAAUUGGACUGUAAUGGAGUUCAGCACAAAACAAACGUUGGCACAGGGAGAACAGGGCCGUACUCCCAGCUGACUCGAGAGGAACUGAUCGCUCUGUUGUUGAAACAGGAGAGCCAGCUCUCUGAGAGAGAUAAAAAGAUAUCAGAGCUGGAGCAGUACAUUGACAAUUUACUGGUGCGAGUCAUUGAAGAGAAUCCAUGUAUCCUCAUGUCCAUGAGCUCUUUAAAGAAGUCUGCCUAAGUGGAUUUAUAGAUGACAAUCUGAGUCGGAUCAGAUCCAUGUGAUCUGACUUUAUUCAUUUCAUGACUACAUGAAAAACCUGCCUUCCAAAGAUGUUCAUCACUGAAUGCUGGCUCUUUUGUAGCAGGGUAAACCUUAAGAUUAACAUAUCGACAAGAGAAAUUAAAAAGUGUUCAUAUAUGUUCAUUGUUUUCAUGUAGAGCAUAAAGUUCAAACUUAAGACUUGCUAUGCUGUCUGGUUAAAUAAAUACAAAAAAAAAGAAAAAUCCCCCCUUGCCUGGUCAAAAAGAGCCUUAUAUGUAAUGCUAUGUGCUGUAAUUUGAUUAUUUUUUUUCUAUUUUUUUCUUUACAUUUUGAAAACCAAGAGCACUUUAUCUUUUAAUGUUAAACACUGAAAAAUAUACACUGUUUGGAACUGGCUGAGGUGUUUUUGUAUAUUUGCAAAAUAAAAUUAAAAAUGUAUAACUA